AUCAUAAACGAUUUCCUUCAAACUUCGACCUACUGGCAAUUACCGAAUCAAAUGCUGUUCUCCGGCUGCCCGAUCUCUUUUUCUCCCUCGGACUCUAUCCCUCAAACCCUAUCCUAAGUGCUCGCUGCCGCCAUAGCCACCGCCCCUACCGGCCACUGCUGCUUCUCGCGGUCUCUCUCACGCACGGUGUCUCUCUGUCUCUCGAUAUCCUUGCCACCAAUCUCUCUCUCUCUCUCUCUGUUGAUCUCUUUUCUCUGGAUCUCUCUCGCCGUCGCUGCCUGCUGCCUGCCUGUCGCUAUCUCGCUAUCUCUCAGUCUCUUGAUCGAUCUCGAUUGGACUGUCUUUUGAUUUCACCGCAAGCUAGCAAAAGUCCAAAAUCGAUUUCACUUUCUCGCUGUUUCAAGUCUCUCAGUCUCACGGCCUCUCACGCUCUAUUUCACAAACCACUUCAUCACUGUCGAUCGCUGUACCAAGAUCGUAUAUGCUUUUGUUUGGGUCUUUCACUGAGGACGAAACUAGGUCAUGGUUGAAGCAGUCAUCUGAAAAGAGUGAAAAAUCUGUGGAAAAGAAAGAAUUGAAAGUUGGUUCUCCUAAUUUGCAAACUCAGAUAUCUUUUGGUAGUUUCAGUAAUGUGGCACAUGAACAACUAGAUUCUUCAGAAGGCCCAAUAGGGUCUCAGGCUUCUGGUAAUCAUACGGAAAAUAAGAGCGGGAGUGUGAAAGCCACAACUCAUCUCUUUCCGGGAGUCUUAGGAUGUCCACUGGAAAACGAAGUUCUCCAAAAAUCUGCUCAUUAUUAUCCUCUUAGUAAUGGGAAUGAAGAAUCAAAAAUAGCAGAUAGCGUUGAUUUAACUUCUGUACAUGUAUCGGAGAGUGAAACUGGUCCAGCAAACCAAUUGCCUGUCUCAAAACUGAAAACGCAUGAUGGUGGACCUUCAAGGGAAGUAAAUUUAAAUGGUACUAGUUCAGCAGCAGCGGUGGCAGCUCUUGAAGAGGUCAUCCAGAAGGCAUCUAAUGGACCUGUUACAGCUGUUAAAGACUUGCUGCCUCGUGGCUUGAUCAACUCGGGAAAUUUAUGCUUUCUUAAUGCAACACUGCAGGCUCUUCUGUCAUGUUCUCCUUUUAUUCAACUUUUGCAGGGACUAAGAACUAGCAACAUUCCCAAGGUUGGUUAUCCAACAUUAACUGCAUUUGUGGAGUUCAUUGCUGACUUUGAGGUGCCUGUUGAUACAAGCCUAAAGAAGAGAGAAAUGGCUGUACCUGAAACUGGUAGGCCUUUUAGGCCUGCCAUGUUUGAUAGGGUGCUAAAAAAGUUCACCCCUGAUGUGCCUAUUAGCAUCUCUGGCCGACCAAGACAGGAAGAUGCACAGGAAUUCCUAAGUUUCAUUAUGGACCAAAUGCAUGAUGAAUUACUUAAGUUUGAUGGACAAGUAACAAGCUCAAAUGGGGGGAAAUCAUCUCUGGUUUCCUCUGCUGAAGAUGAUGAAUGGGAAACAGUUGGCCCGAAGAAUAAAUCUGCAGUUACAAGAACUCAAAGCUUUGUUCCUUCAGAGCUAAGUGCAAUUUUUGGAGGACAACUGAGAAGUGUUGUGAAGGCAAGAGGAAAUAAAGCUUCUGCAACUGUUCAACCUUUUCUCUUGCUUCAUCUUGAUAUUUCCCAUGAAGCUAUUCACGCUAUUGAGGAUGCUCUUCGUCUAUUUUCUGCUCCAGAAACUCUUGAGGAGUACCGAACCUCAGCAUCUUCGAAGGUUGGAGUUGUGCCUGCCAGAAAAUUUGUAAACAUUCAAGCACUUCCAAAGAUAAUGAUAUUGCAUCUCAUGCGUUUCAGCUAUGGAAGCCAUGGAAGCACCAAGCUGCAUAGACCUGUUCACUUUCCUCUUGAACUGGUGCUAGGUCGUGAAUUGCUAGUUUCUCCAUCUACUGAGGGUCGAAGAUAUGAACUUGUCUCCACAAUAACCCACCACGGGAGGGAAGCAUCAAAGGGGCAUUACACUACUGAUGCUCGCACAUCUAAUGGCCAGUGGUUACGGUUUGAUGAUGCAUCUGUCACUGCCAUUGGCAAGAACAAGGUUUUGCACGACCAGGCCUAUGUUCUUUUCUACAAACAGGUCUCAGGGUAACAAGUAGCGUUGUCCUCAAAUUGCAUCCUCAGAGAUAUUUAUCGCACUCACUAUUAACCGCGAAGAAAAUUUAUUUAUUUGGCACAUGCGCGAUAGAUGGAUCAAUGGAUUUGGGAUUGAAAAGUUUCUGCCAGAUCGUUAUCUUGGGAUUGAAUCGUCAGGUCCUUGAAGAAGCUAACCGAGGUUUGUAUGGAGUACAGAUUUUUGUUUCUUUGUUAUGUAAAAUCUUUAAUGUUAGUUCAGUCUCUGUUCUCUCCGAGAGAUUGAUAUUUAGGUUUAAAAGAGGGAAAACGAAGUUUGUGUGGUGUUGCAGUUGCACUGUGAGACUAGAGAUUGGCAUCCUUGAAUGAAAGUAGACGAGCAUCCGCUCGCGUUAAUUUA